AUGUUUCGCUGUACACAAUCUACUUCUCAUGUUCUUCGCAAAACAAGUGUGCGUUGGAUCACAAAAGCAAAUCCUGGUGAUAAAAUUGUGCAAAGGGACGAGAUGAAACGAUUUAUGGUUGACAUCAUGAAGACACAAAAAGUGAAUCCAUCGCAUGCUGAGCAAUUAGCUGACGUUCUUCUUGAAGCA